UGUUGGCCACCUAUGAAUGCAUGUGAACCACUGAACGUGACGCGGUCUAUGGGCCCGGUCUCUACAUUCAAGGUCAUUGUGCGAACAGGUAUCUACACAUCUAUUUUUCUAUAUGGAGUCUGAAUAUGCUCAUAUUCAGAUCAUCAUUCAUCGACAUCUCUUCUCUCGCCCAACCUUUUUCCAAAUGUACUUCAUGCAGUCCGAGGAGAACGUAGUGUACAAGGAUUUACGCUAUAGCCGUCCGCACCACCUGUCUCAUUUGCGCGAUUGGAAUCGACGGGCCGUUCCACGAGAUGCACCCCAUAUUUGGUGAUUCCCUCUUUACCCUCUUUCUUUCACAAUUGACUCAACAAUCACUCUGCACCACAUGCCAUCAUCCUUACCUCAAGCACAACCCCUCUCCCUCAUUGAAGUGCACACUCUCGAGACAUUUACAUGUUUACCGCAACGAUCCUGUCCUGGUAACCCUUGCCAUUUUUCAGUCAAGCGACUCAAGCCACACCAGCGCCAAUGACCAUGCCCUCGGCCAAAAUAUGUCUCCAUUACCUCCAUGGCUUUCCUAUAUGGUGGACUGCUAGCCUGUUCAUGCAGUGCCAUCUACAGUGGAUAUUCCUCUCCUGCAGGGUUCCGUUUGAUAUCUCUCGGUGGUGGGUGAAUCCGGUAGCAAUUGUAGCUUCUUCAAUACUUCGUUUGUCCUCCACUGAACGAGUAUACAGUUGGUUGCAUUCUCGCUUUCGAAGCCGAUAUUCUUUUCUCGGUGCAGGCAAAAUCAUCCUCUCCCUGUGGCACCGUCACCUCAAUCGGACGAGUCGUAUAGAAUCUUUCGGCUUUUCUGUGCACUAUUUUCAGCGGUGUAAACAUCGUUUGCAUUUACCGUUGCCCUAUGAAAUACACUCCAUUCUGCAUUUUC